AUUCCACAAAUGUAAUAUUCAUCAGAAUGACGUGUUCAGACUAGUGAGGCUGCAGAGAACAUAUUAUUGUAAAGACAAUUUGGGGGUUGACUUCCCCUUUAAUAAUUAUAACUUGAAGCAUCACCCAUUUAUCGAGAAUACCCGCUUCUGAUCGGGGCUCAUUUGAAUUCCAGAGUUCGGGAAUGUCAAAGUCAGAGAAUUGGCCCAAAAUGGCCGUUUUGCUCUUCAGUUUCAGGCAUGUGUCCUUCAGAGCUUUAAAACUAAUGUUGCCUUAUUUUCUAAUUUUCCAGGGGGUGCAACUGAGGGGUCAUUGGGGGAGUCGUUUCAAGACCCCUAUAACACCCACAUUUUCAGCAGGGUAUUUGCCAAUAUUGGUGAGGUCAGAAGAAGAACAGUGACAAUUCUAAGCGGACAUUCGAACACCUGUUGCUCAGGCCCUCAUAAUAAUCUGUUUUUAUUUUUGCACGGUAGGUGGCCCAAGGAUGCGAAAUGAAACACGCCAAAGAGGUGCGGGAUCCUAUGAGCCCCAAUCAGAUAGGGGGCGAUCUGGACUAUUGGACUGAGAGCUGGAUUGCCCUUAAUGCAUCGAAAUCCACAAUCACACACAGAAUCUGAAUAUACAGUAUGUAUUGUCCAGGAAGGAAGCGACUUCGUUUGAGGCGAGUCUUAUUCCUCCUGGCCGGGGUCUUCAUCUGCAUCGUGUACCAGCUGACCAUCAGCGCCGAACACGAUGAACUGUCGCCUUUGCCUCAGAUCGGAGACGCUUUCACUGAGGGCUCGGCUGGAUGGGUCGAGGAUGUCACGGCCGAGGGUCGGGAGAAGCCAAGAAACCAAACGACACAGGCGACCCCUUCCAACUCGACUGUUUCGAGAACUCCACCGCCAGCAACCACCAACCGGACUAUUGUGCAUUGCAUCUAUGUCCCGCCUGAUCCCAAGGAGGAGGCCCCCACUCCAUCUUCUCCUGGUGAAGCUCCUCACAUGAAGGGAGAGUAUCCGGAAGAUAUUUUCUCAGUGGAGGAGCGCAGACGAGGCUGGGUGGUCUUGCACAUUUCCGGCAUGAUGUACAUGUUUGUGUCACUUGCUAUUGUGUGUGAUGAAUUCUUCGUACCCGCACUCGGGGUCAUCAUAGACAAAUUAGAGAUAUCCGAUGAUGUGGCGGGGGCUACUUUCAUGGCUGCCGGAGGAUCUGCCCCUGAACUUUUCACCUCCUUGAUCGGGGUCUUCAUAGCUCAUAGUAACGUUGGUAUCGGGACGAUCGUCGGUUCCGCAGUUUUCAACAUCCUCUUUGUGAUCGGGAUGUGCGCUUUGUUUUCCCGGGAGGUUCUUCGUCUCACCUGGUGGCCUCUUUUCCGAGAUAUUUCCUUCUACAUUGUGGACCUCAUCUUGCUCAUCAUCUUCUUCCUGGACAAUGUCAUCAUGUGGUGGGAGAGUAUGAUGCUGGUGGCCAGCUACACGCUCUAUGUCAUCUUCAUGAAGUUUAACGCCCAAAUAGAAUACAUGUUCAAAACGCAGCUUUACAAACACAAGAGCAUUGUCCGAAUCAUCACUGAUGAGGAGCCAGAAGUGACCAAAGCCAAUGGGGGCAGUCAAGAUAACGGUCCUCCUCCACCAGACGACAGAAAUCGGUUAAAGUUGAAGCCAUCCCUUCAGCGCGGUGGAAGUUCAGCGUCUUUGCACAACAGCACCAUGAGGAACACCAUUUUUCAACUCAUGAUACACACAUUAGACCCCCUGGGAGAAGGCAAAUUCAAGGACAAGGCUGAGAAUCUGAAUAAUGUGGUGAGACGGAAGGCUGAAGGUGAUGUUGCAGCAAAGAGUGAAGAUGGAGACGGUGGUCAGGAGCAGGCCAAAGAGGACGAAGCCGCUACGACGGGCGAAACUGAGAAGAACGAGCCACCUGACGAUGACAAGGUACUCACCACCACACAUGUCAAAAAGCCCCGAAGUCAAUCUUUGAUACCUUACUAUGAAGACCAGCCCGCGGGGGGAGACGGGUCAGACGAGUCAAGCAGCGGCGAGGAGGACAGUGAUGAAGAUGACAGUGAUGAAGAUGACAGCGAAAAUGAUUCCGGCGAAGAUGAGGAGAACGAGGAGGAGCCUCUGUCUUUAGAAUGGCCCGACACACGGCGGAAACAAGUCACUUACCUCUUCUUGCUGCCCAUCGUCUUUCCUUUGUGGCUCACCGUCCCCGAUGUCCGCAAACAGAAUUCCAGGAAAUUUUUCGUGUUCACCUUCCUGGGCUCCAUUCUGUGGAUCGCCAUCUUCUCUUAUCUUAUGGUGUGGUGGGCUCAUCAGGUGGGCGAGACAAUCGGAAUCUCUGAGGAGAUAAUGGGCCUGACUAUCCUGGCCGCUGGCACGUCCAUCCCUGACCUCAUCACCAGCGUGAUCGUGGCCCGGAAAGGACUUGGAGACAUGGCCGUGUCCAGCUCGGUGGGCAGCAAUAUCUUUGACAUCACUGUGGGUCUGCCGCUGCCGUGGCUGAUCUACUCGUUCAUCCACGGUUUGGUCCCCGUGGCCGUCAGCAGCAACGGGCUCUUUUGCGCCAUUGUCUUGCUCUUCCUCAUGCUGCUCUUUGUCAUCAUCUCCAUCGCGUCGUGCAAAUGGAAGAUGAACAAGACUCUGGGCUUCACCAUGUUCCUGCUCUACUUUAUCUUCCUGGUGCUCAGCGUCAUGUUGGAAGACCGCAUCAUCGUCUGUCCCGUCUCCGUCUGAAGGUUACGUUACACCAUGCGGUCUCUCAGCGCCGACAUGUCCUCAGCAUGUUGCGCGUAUUGCAGAACAUUGAGAAUUCAUGCAGGAUUCACUCUCAGUUGAGUAUAUUAUUUGAAAGCCUUUCAGUGAUAUGUGUGAGAGGAUUUCAGUUCUAACCUCAAGCUUUUCAGUAAAACUGGAAAGACUUGUUUUCAACUAAAUGUGCCUCUCAUUACAAGGCACCAUCAGGAACAUAAUUAGUUCAUUAAAAAUAUUACCUAUCAUGCCAACUACUAAAAUGCUCUCACACGCACCACUGACAUGAAUCCAGUAAUAUGACUCUCUCACAGUCCCCAUCCCCCUCCACACACACACA